CAAAGAUUUGCCGCGCACGUUUCGACUUUCAGGGGUUGGUAGGUUCACGGCAAGGCCCUAGCGCCACCUGCUGCACAUUUCGAAGCGCCUUCGCUGACAAUGGAGGAAGAGACGCUGACAACGGAUGCUACGGCGGACAAAAAGCAGCAGCAGGAGGAGGAAGAGCCGCGGAGGGGACUUACACCUCCCGUUACUAUGAGCCGUCUGGAAGAAGAAAGUGAAGGCUGCGAGGGCCUCUGGGAGCUUCCUGUAGAGCUCAGUGCACGGAGACCGGAAUGCAGCCACUGUGGCCGUCCUCAGAAGGUGUGUUUGUGUCCAUUCUUGCCAGUCCAUCCCUUGAAAGUCUCCACCUGUUUGUAUAUCAUCCAGCAUCCAGCAGAGGAAAGUAGAGUACUACGGACAGUACCUCUUCUGGCUGCUUGUCUACCUGAAGACAAAUGUAAAGUCUUGAUUGGUCGACGCUUCAGUGAAGACAGGUACCCUGAGUUAGCAUCUGUGUGCAGACAUUCAAAUGCAUUAAUAUUAUAUCCGGGAGCUGGAGCAACAAAUUUGGAAGAAGUCGACUUGAGCUCACCUGAUCCUUACGUGAUAAUUAUUAUUGAUGGGACAUGGAGUCAGGCCAAAGAUAUAUUCUUUAAGAACCCCCUUUUUCGAAUACCUAAACAGGUCCAACUGAGAACUAGCCUUUCAAGUCAGUAUGUAAUUCGUACACAGCCUACAAAUGCAUGCCUGUCCACACUUGAAUGUGCAGCUAUUUCUCUUGCCAUCAUGGAGAAAAAUGAUGGUAUUAAAGAGGCUAUCCUCCGUCCUCUUCAAGCCCUGUGCUCUUUCCAGCUUCAGCAUGGUGCCCAAGUUCACCACAGCAAGGAACACCUUCUUAAAAAUGGUUUAUAUGACAAGCCAAUGCCAAAAAAUAAACGCAAGCUCAGGAGAAUGGAACUCUUAGUGAAUAAUGUUAAAAUAUAGCAGUGCUGUGUAGGUUUAGUAUUUAAAAAAAUGUUCCUUUUAACUAACGAAGUGGAAUUUGAUAUGGAUUUAAUCCAAACAGCCAUCUCUUUCAAUAAUGGACCAAGUUCAGGUGGCAGCUUGCCAAGGAGUUCAAACAUAAUAGUAAUAAAAACAGAAUGCUUGGAGCUUUGCAUUACAACAGGACAUAAACAAGAGGUGUUCUUUCCCUACACCCCACUCCCACCCCUUGUUUAUCAGUCUGUGAUCUUUAAUAUGGGUUCUUUGAUUUUUGUUGUGGGAGGUUUUUGGCAUUACUGCACCAGGAACAUAAAUUUUACAAGACAGUGGUUAGAAGAGAAAAUUCUGGUUCAAGGAUUUUGAUUUGACUUGUAAUGAAAGUGGGAAUGAAACUAUAACUUCACCUUUUCCAUUUAACUUCUUGCUUUGAUUAAACAUAGUGGAGAUAUAUAAAUCUUUAUGUUGAGUUCAUGUUGGAAGAUGUCAGUGAGAACAGAUUAGUAACUGUUAUCAGGGGAAACAAGGCUUUUUGUCCUCAGUACAGCUCGGUCAUUAAUGAGAGCCAUUACACAUUUCAUGGGAAUACACUAGUAUUGGAUUGGCAUCUAUAUUGUGAACGAAGAUUGCAUCUCCAAAACAUACAACCCUGCCAACCCUCUCCACUUAGACUUCACAAAAAAACCUCCCCUUAGUUCUCGCCAAAUUCCUGUCUCUGUAAACCUCACUACCACCCCGCUUCCCUCAGAUCUUGCAAAAUAAAAAUUAGACCUCACCAAAAAAACCUUCCCCUUAGACCUCACAAAAUACUCUCCCCUUAGACCUCACCGCUAUCUGUUGACAAGAUUGAUAGGUGGGUUGUCUUGCCCACCUAUCAAAAUCCCUUGUGGGGUUCCCAGGUGCCUGUUGCCACUGAAGAAAGCCUAAGAAAGAAGUCUGCUUCUUGCCCUUCCUGCAGCCGCAUGAGAGGGGGGAUGAAGGGGGUAAAGAUGUUCCCCCCUCCCUGUGGUGGCAGCAGCAGCAGCAGUGACAGCAGCACAAAGGAGGGGAAAACUUUGUCUCCUUCAUUUGCCAGACUGGAGUGGGGGACAAUGUAUUGACAGGGAUGAUCCUCCCUCUGAGAGUGACAGGCAGGGUCUAUUCCAAUCGUCUGCCUCCUCUCCAGGAGUUGGAGCCAUCCCUCUCACCAGAAUAACUGGCAGAGCAAGAUGACUCCUCAACCCCUUACACAAAAGCAAUGCACCAAACACACGGGAAAAAAACCCCAUAACUACAACUGCAAAUGUCCAGGCUCAAAAACCAGAAGCUCAGAAGAGGCACGGUCACAAUCUACUCCAGUCCAGCAACCAACUAAGCAGAACAGCUCCCACUAAGCAGAUGAAAUGAGAUGUGGGCUGAGUGAACUAAGGGCAAUGGAACAGGCUGGACAACAGCUAGAGUGCAAGUGGCAAAGUACGUGCUAUGAGGCUGAUUGGACACAAGUAAAAAAACAUAACCGUGCCUAUCGUUUGACAGUGAGGGCAGUGAAGAAGGCCCACUUCUCUGCCUCCAUCACAUCCUCAAGUAGCCAUCCAGUGGAGCUUUUUCAUAUUGUCCAGGGUCUGCUAAUAUCAACUCCAGUAAAUGGAGCUUUAGACCCUGCAGAAGCCCACUAUGAAUUGUGUGCAAGGCACUUCAAGGGUAAAGUUGUCCACCACCAUAGCAAUCUUGAUGGUGGAUACUCUCACUUCCCUUGAUUAAUUUCUCUUUAUUUCAAACUCCCUAAUAUAGUAGUAUAAUCCUAUCAAUAAUAGUAUGGGGAUUAUCUUCUCUACCACAAAGACUAUUUAUAUAUAUGUCCUUCCAGUUCUGAAGAACAGGAAAAUCUAAUACCUGAAUUCACAAACAGUUGAAAAAGUCUUAGUAUUCAUUGUCAAAAAAUUCUUUCAUUUACAGUACAACAAUGUGAAUUUGUAUUAAAUCUGGAUUAAUGUUUUGUUGAGUAUUUUGUAAAUUUAGAAGUGGUGCUUAUCCUUCAUUUGCUACAUAUAUAGUUGGAUCAGUUUUCUUCAGUUAACCUAGGACUCUAAUGCUUAAUUUUGUUGACUCAGUCUUAUGUUUAUGUGUGUUAGCAAUAUACCUCACUUGUUGCUACUAUUUUCAGAAAAUUACGAGUACUGUUUUUCAAUUUCGAACUCUUGUUUGCAUCAAGAGUUACUGUUCAGUGCACAGAAGGCUUCUUCCAUUUACAGUUGGAACUCUGAUCCAGUGGAGACUUCUGGUAGACCAUGUGAUGCGUCCUUCCCUGGCUCUCCCUGUCAGGUUCCUACCUGCUCGUGGUUACUGCCUGUCUCUAGGCACCACCAGGGACUCCACCAGUCUGGACCGCUCUCUCUUAUGAUUUCUCUCCCCGCUCUAGCACAGAUCUCAACAGAUCCCCCUGCUAGGCAACCACCAGUAACGUCCCAAUACUAGUAUUCCCAGAGACUCUGAAUACUGGUAUUGUUAUUCUCUUCACCGCUGCCACCAUUUGUUACAGUUUCCCUUCAGCCUUGGUCAUUACCUUACCCUCCCUUCUGGUCUGUGAAACCCCAGCCAAGGAUCAGGCCUUUGGUAAACCAAAUUAAGUAUUUAUUAAAGAUAACAAAGCUAACAAGAUUAACAAGAUUUCUUCUUAAGGCACAUAAGAAUAUGGUUUUACUCAAUACUAAUCCGAACUCCACCUCCCUCCUGGUAAACAACUCUCUAAACCCCACCAAGCAAUCCACUCUUCUUCCCCCCCAGAUUCCACAAUUCACCACCUCACAUUCACCCAGAUUUACCUGUCAUCCUUUCAUAUACUGUCAGCCAUUUUAAACAUUCAGCCAAUCAUCCAGCAUUCUAUUGCCCAUUCACUCCCCCUCCUCUUUCACUACUUACCAUGUAUGCUCUAAACAACCAGCACUUACCAUAUAUACACUAAUAUAUAGGAACAUCACAGACCACCAGAGGAGAACCUUUUUCAGCCAAAGGGCCACAUUCCCGUGUAGUCAGAGCCAGAGGCAAGAGUGGGUGAGCAAUGGAUGUGACUCUUACCUUUGUACAGUGGCUACAUUCCAGCCAUGCUAUUAUUAUUAUUAUCAUCAUCAUCAAUAUACGCAAACAUCUUUCCUCUAGGCAAGCAAGAGGCAUCAUCACAGAUGAAGGACAAAAGCACUCCAGAAGAAUAUGGAUCAGGAUUAGUGAGGGAUGUCACUAAUGACAGUCACAAGGGUCUGGUAGGAAGGCCUGAAAGGCCACAUUUGGUCCCAGGUCUGAGGUUCCCCAUCCUUGUGCUAUAGGAAGGGGAGCAGACAAUUCUUUCCAAUUCACCCUUCCUGUUGUAGACCCCAGCAUCAUCUGCUGUUCUGGAGGAUCCCCCAAUUCUCUGGAGUAGCUUUUGGAGGGCUGCAGGGGGGGGAGGCUGAGAAAUGGGUGAAAAUCACCUCCCCUUACUCCAGCAGAAUAUUGUGUAAUUUUGCUGAAUGUAACAUGAUAUUUCUAUUAUUGUCUUUGGUGUACAAUAAUUUCUUAAAAAGAAAUCUGUUGAAAAGAUCCAAAUUUUUCAGGUCAGAUUCAAUCUAGUAAUCUCCUUUGUUAUCACAAAUACUUGAACCUACAAAUAUUAACAGCAAGGAGUUAACUAGAAUUCAUUUUGUUCCACAAAUGAAUCAAUCGGUA